GUCGGACCGGGGCGUCACGUAUUCAAUUCCGGUUUUGCGUCAAAAAAAUAUAAACAAAGUUUGGCGGUAAAGAUGGAGCCCGAGCAGAGCGAAUCUUUACCCAGCGAUGAACCAAAUCAGGAGUACAGAGUGCAAGUGACGUCUAAGAAACAAGUAAUGGAGCAGCUGGAUAAAUACAAAGACAUUCUGAAGACGGCUCUCGACGGACAGACGGGCGUCGCGGAGGACACGAAGCGAGUUUUACUGCAGGAACUGCUGGCGAAUUUUGAAGCCGCUGUUCAGGACAACGUGUUGGUGAACGGACAGACUUGGGAUGAGGCACCUGAUGUUGAAGCCGAGGACGAGGCUCUGAAUCUGGAAAACCUGCUGGAUGACACCAUUGUUGAGACCGCCACGAGGCGGCGUGGGUACCCAAAGCAGAUCCUGACUCAUGCGGUCCGCUCCCUCAAAGCUGAACGUAAAGUCAUGGAGCUGUACGAGCACGCAGUCAAACCUCAAGAGGUGGUCAAAGAUCCCAAACAAGAGAGCAUCAUGAACAACCUGUCCGCAGCAGCUCCUGGGAUGGUGAAGCAGGCUAUACGGGUCAUAAAGUCAAUCAACAAACUUCAGGAACAAGCCGAAGGCCUCUGUAAGAUCCUCAACAUGAAACCGAGCCAAGCCACUAUGGAGAUUGACAGAGAAGUGAACGGCCAAUCGGAUGCCGCGCUGCCUCCAGUGAACGGAACAACAAGGAACAGGCAGCCAAUCAAGAGAGUUUUAGAGGAAGCAGCCGCCGCAGUGUGCUACAGGCCGCCCAGUAAGAAACCUGUGGCAGAGGGCACGCCACAGUGACGCUUCCUGCUACCGUCACCACGGAAACGUCAAUGGUGAACCGACUUGAGUUAUGCAGCUGGGCAGAGGACUUAUGAUUUCACACACUAAGGCUGCAACAAAGGAUGGUUUUUAUGGAUGAUAAAUGAUUUCAUUGAUUAGUUGUUUGGUCUCUGAAAUGUCAGAAAAUUGUGAAAAAAUGUUUCCCAAAAAGCCCAAGAU